GCAGAGCGUGUCCCAGCUUUCAUUCAACAGCCCUGCACCGACCGGUUCCUCCGCCGUGUUUCGGAACCAUGUCGUCCACUACGCGUGCUGACCUGGGUCGGGCGCUCUGUAUUAUCACCGGGUCCUCAAGAGGCUUUGGUAGGACCAUAGCGAGAGAGAUGUCUCGGUUUGUGAAGCCAGGGUCGGCGCUCGUCCUGACGGCCCGUUCCGCUGAUGACCUGCGGGCUCUGCAGGCGGAGCUGGCCGAGUCUGAGGCGGGCAGAGCGGGUCUGGUGGUCGAGUGUGUGGUGGCAGAUCUGAGUCAGAUGGAAGGACUGGAGAGCAUCGUCAGAGCAUCCAAAGACGCCUUUUCUGAGGACAUGGACCACGUUCUACUGGUCAACAAUGCGGCCUCUCUGGGGGACGUGUCCCGCUAUGCCAAAAGCUUCACCGACAUGGCCGAGGUGGACUCUUACUUGUCUCUCAAUGUCAGCUCCUCCCUGUGCCUCACUGCCAACGUCCUGCAGGCGUUCCCACAGCGUCCAGGUCAGCGGCGCACCAUAAUCAACAUCAGCUCACUGUGUGCUCUGCAGCCUUUCCGCUCCUGGGGGCUGUACUGCACCAGCAAGGCUGCCCGAGAGAUGAUGUUCAGGGUGCUGGCCGAAGAGGAGCCGGACCUGCGGGUGCUCAGCUACUCCCCAGGGCCUCUGGACACAGCCAUGCAGGCGUUGGCCAGAUCAAGAACAGCUGAUCCCAGCAUCAGGAAGUCUUUCUCAGACAUGUUCGCUCAGGGCCAGCUGCUCACCUGUGAGGCGUCCUGUGCCAAGCUGAUGAAGCUCCUUCUGGAGGACAGCUACACGACGGGAGCUCACAUCGACGUCUUUGACCUCUAGACACAGCAUGAGUACUUACAGCCAUUCAGUAUUUUUAUGUGUGCCUUUGGUUUCGAUUGAAACUCUUUUGAUUUAUAUCUGCCGCUAACCUCUUUUAAUAGCGGAAAAGUUAAGAGUUGACUCAAAAUUCACUGUCAAUCUUACCUCUGUAGGUUGUAGCCUUCUAUUUUGAAUCGGACCAAUGUGACAGCCUGAAUAUGAAACUAAUGUUCAUCAAAAGUACAUUCAAAACAUUCCAGAACACAAGUUUACUCUCCACUCGGCCAGUGAAGUAGCAGUCAGUAACGUCAACACACAGAGACGAGUAUAAGUCUGAACCUUUCUAAUAAUACACAUAUAAAGAGUGAGGGAAUACAAAAAGACAUGGUGGUGUGUAGCAUGAGGCCACCUGAGCAUCGCCGUAAUGAAUGUAACACGGGACACCUCAGUAAAAUAUUUUCUACAUGUUGCAGGAUACCAUUAGUAGACGUUCAGUAGAUGAGCCAUCUCAAGCUGAAACAUGAUGCAGCCGUUGGACAUCAGGCCUCGUUAAUGUCUUUUCAUUAAAGCAGCAGUGUGCAGCCUUUAGGGGGAUUUAUCAGCAGAAAUAGAAUAUAGUAUUCAUGAUUAUGUUUUCACCUGCACGAGUUGGCGAUCACUUUGGGAAGAUUAAAACAGGUCCCUAUUUUCUUGAUGCAUAAGAUAUGAAGCCAAAGCCCUCCGAGUCCAUUAAAGAAUAGACAUGUUGUUCUCAGCGUCCGUAUAGAGCAUUCUCUGAGCGCCAGUGCCUUCUUUCAGCUGUCUUUAAUGAUGAGAGAUGCAGCCACACUGAGAAAAGCACUGACGUAGUGUGUUUUUUUUCAGAGCACUCCAUGCCUCAGUAUUUUUUAUGUCACCACUCUGAGCCCUUUUUGUCUAAAAACCUCUGAACUUUUCAGAAAGGCGCUGGUGUCGUCACGGUGGACGAAGCACUCAGCCUUAAAAAAAAUAACGCUACAUGGACUGUCAGUGGUCUGAGUGUGUGGGAGCCUGACAGCCGAGCAGAAGCAGCCGCUCAGAUGGACUGACUGAGCUUGUAUAGGCUACGAGGGAAUUUACCUGGCCUACACACAGACAGGCAGCAGCAGGUCGCUGUGAAUUCAAUUAUUAACAAAUUAAUUCUUUUGUCAGAAAGAUUAGGGGAAUAGACAAAAAACGCUGUUGGCACUGUUCAUUAGUGUAUAAUCACCUGAAAGUAAGAGUUGUUGUGUUUUGGUUAGCUUAGAAUGAGUCCUUCACAUCUACAUAGGGAGCGGCUCCUCUUUAUGGAGUCCAUCAUGUUUCUACAGGAGCCCAGAACAGACAAACCAAACACUGGCUCUAGAGAGGGACAUUGACGUUGUUAUGUUACCUUAAGGCCACCAUAGUUCUGAAGGGAGGGGUGGGGAGGGGGGAGUAUUCAGUUUGGUAUAUUUAGAGCAAGCUCUCUUUUACAGGACGUCCUAAUUACAGUACAUAUAAUACAACAAAAGGAACAGUAUACAAUUAUAAAACAAACAGGUCAAGAAUAUGAACAACAAUUCAAAAGCAUGCGUUCACACUGCUCCACAGUAUGUCAGAUACAAGGGAUUUAAAUUAGCUAGUCUAAAUUUACAAGCUUGUGUCAUAGUAUUCAUAAAGCCAAUUUCUCAAUCUCCGUAUAAACUUGAUGAUGUUUGAUGACCAAAUAGUCUUGGAACCUGGUUCCUAGAAGGUCUAUAGGCCGAGUUAAAGGCUUCUAAACCUUGCUAGACGCCAUCAAAUCCUACACACUGCUGCUUCACAUUCAGAAAAGUUCAGAAAAGUUGAAGAAGAGAAAAAUAAGUAGAACCAUCUUUGUCAAAACGGUGUGCCCUAACUGUAAACUGUCUGUUUAUGUCAUCAGUAGAUAUUGUUCUCUUUGCGCUCUGAUCUGAUCUCUUAAUUGUGACUAGAGUGACGUCCGGGGUUGGACUUUUAAGGUGCCUUACUUGUGAUAUCUGUUAAAAGGAUGUUCAGUGAACUGUGAUUGAUGAUGCUGUAUUGCUGAUCCAUUUCAAUAUGUCACUCGACUCCAAAUAUUCUUACACAUUUCACAAUGUAUGUCUUAUUAUUUCUUUGUACAUGCUUACCUUCAGCUGUGAUCAAAAUCUGCUUAGUAAACUUGAUACAGUAUAUUACAUAAAUGCAAUAAUGAGCUUAUUUUUAUUAGAGUUGUUUUUGUCUUUUAUUUCAUCUUUUCACACAUACCAUUGAAGCCCAUG